AUGCUAAUCGAUAGGGAGUUGGAAGAGGUUGAGAGCAACAGCAGGCGGGGAAAUGUGAAGGCCGAGUUUCAUGGUAUAAAUAAAAUCAGGAAGGGAUACCAGGCCAGACUAGGAAUGGUGUGCAGUAGAUAUGACGAUCUUUUAGUAGAUAGAGAGGAAAUUGAAGAGAGAAGGGUAGAACAUUUUAGAACCUUGUUAAAUAGAACAGAACUUCAUAAACAGCCUGGAGAGAAUGGAGAAAUUAUAUUGGGAGAGGAUGAUGAGGAACCAACCACAGAGCAAAUUCUAGAAAUAAUAAAUCACCUAAAGAAUAAUAACUCUGCUGGUCUUGACGAAAUUAGUGCAGAACUACUGAAGUAUGGAGGAAGACAACUACAAGAAGCAAUGGCAAAAAUUGUGAUUGGAACUUGGAGAAGAGAAGAAAUGCCUGAAGAAUGGGAGGAGGGACUGUUUGUGCCAAUUCACAAGAAAGGUGAUAGAACGGAAUGUGGAAAUUAUAGAGGCAUUUGUCUCUUAACUGUCGGAUAUAAGAUUAUAGUGCUGGAAUGGGUCAUGAGACAAACACCACAGGGUAAUGGAGUACAUCUUGGGGAGGCUAUGUGUGAUAGAUUAGCUUCUGCAGAUGAUAUUGACUUUUGUGGUGAAAACAUCCAGGAAACUGAUAGAAAAAUAAGCAUUUUUAGAGAAGCUGCAAAUCAAGUUGGCCUGGAAAUAAAUGAGGCUAAAACCAAAAUCUUGAAGGUUUCAAGGCAGGAGAGGAUACUGGAUAACAUCAGGUGUAGAAAUAUGUAG